AGCUGAUUAUUCUCUGUUAAACAAUCAUUUUUAUUGAUUCAUGUUUUUCUCUGCAUGUUGUGUUCUUCUCCAGAGUGUAAAGGAGAAGACAAAGUGAUGCAGCCAUCAGGAGAUGUCAUUGCUGCUGAAGGAGACACAGUUACACUGGAUUGUACUUUAGAGACCAGUAACACAGGACAAACUACAUUGUUCUGGUACAAACAAGAAGUAAAUAGUUUUCCUAAGUACAUGUUAAGACGUGGUGAUUAUGGAGGUGACAAUGCUCCAGAGUUCCAGGAAGACAGAUUUGAUGCUGAAUUCAGCAAGACAUCAGUUCCUCUGAAGAUCCAGAAGCUUCAUCUGUCAGACUCUGCUGUGUACUACUGUGGUCUGCAGCCCACAGUGACAGGAAACAGUAAAACUUUGUACAAAAACCUUUGGAGCAAAGACAACAGAAAACUCCACAACAUCCACUGUUUUUCUCCAGAGUGUAAAGGAGAAGACAAAGUGAUGCAGCCAUCAGGAGAUGUCAUUGCUGCUGAAGGAGACACAGUUACACUGGACUGUACUUUUGAGACCAGUUCCAAUACUCGUACAUUAUUCUGGUACAAACAAGAAGUGAAUGGUUUUCCAAAGUACAUUUUAAGACGUGGUUAUUCUGGAGCUGAUAAUGCUCCAGAGUUCCACAAAUACAAAUUUGAUGCUGAACUCAAAAAGACAUCAGUUCCUCUGAAGAUCCAGAAGCUUCAACUGUCAGACUCUGCUGUGUACUACUGUGCUCUGCAGCCCACAGUGACAGGAAACAGUAAAACUCUGUACAAAAACCUUUGGAGCAAAGACAACAGAAAACUCCACAACAUCCACUAGAGGGAGACACACUCUGUUACAAAUCUAUGGUUGUUUACUGCA